GCCGCGGAGCACCCUCAGAGCGAGCGUGGACGUCCGCCGAGGUACACCUGGCCCGGUGCUCCCCGUACACACGGAUUCUCGGCGUUGCCCUUCGUGCCUGACGUCGCGCGAACGUGAGACACCUCGCGCGUGGAUUUCGCGGGACGAUCGCGCCACGCUCGCACGCGAGUUCUUCACCGAUCCUCCCCCCUCCCCCCUUGCCACCCACUCGGAGCGGCGUCCUUCGUCGCGCGCGCGAGAAGCGGAAUCUCCGCGAGAUCCGCGCGCGCGCUGGUUCCUCUCCGCUCCGGAGUUCCCGACAAUCGACGUGGAGCAGAGCGGCCACGACUCGGAGCGCUACGCACGCGUUGUCCCGAGCGAAAAGAAAGAGAAAAGAAAGUGACACUGAGAAACCGGAAACGGAAGGAGGUAAACGCCGCCGCCGUCACCGCCGCCGCGCGAUAUCGCAAUAUCGUUCGCCGCAGGACACUUCGAUCACGAAUUUAUCAUUCUCGCUCCCCGGGCGAAGACGCGCGGACGCCGAGGACGGUGGCAUGCCCGGUAGUGCAGUGAGAGAAAACAGUGCGCUGUUCCGCGUCUGCGAAACAAGGGGCCGCGUAUCACGGCGUGCGUAACGGCGUGAUCGCGCACACGUGAAUCGUGGCUCGCGUACAACGUCGUCCCCCUCGGCACCGAUAGCGGGUCGUACGAUAGCGGAAUGUAAAUACGCGCGCGACCGCGACCCGACCCGCCGCGCCGCGCCGCGCUGUUGUUGUUGUUGCUCGCCGGAUUAUUGCCGAUGUAUUCGGAAUCGGAAUCGGAAUCGGAAUCGGAAUCGCUCGCUCGGUGGUGAUUUCAGAGUGCUCGCGCGCGCACCGUUCGAGAGCCUGACUUUGCGGACGCCUUUGGGAUUCCUUCGCUCGAGAGGUACCGGAAGAAUUUUGCAUCUCCAAUUGUAAGAGGAGCAUCAUAUCUAAAUUUACGCUCGAUCCUCCCGGUGCUCGACACAUCGAUCCGUUCGGUGUCCAAUUCUCGCACGAAGAUAAUUCACUGCUACUCGGCGCUGUCACGGCCAAAGAUGCUACAUCUUCGAGUUGGUUAUAGCGGAGAAGCGUACUCGAGACUUUAGAAGACUCGACAGAAAUCUGGACAAAAUGUCGAUGACUGGAAGCUUAAUGGGAUACGAAAACAAUAACGAUGUGAACCAGGCCAAGUGUAAAAAGCCGUUGAAGCCGCUGCCAGUUGUGUCGAGCAUAAGCUCGGGUGGCGUUACCACGAGCACGGGCAAGUCGAAGAGGGCGCGAAGAUCUACGAGGAAGGAAUCGUGUAUACGCGGUCAUGUGAACAGCCUCUGGUCCGUCUGGUACGGCAUCCUGGCUGUCGCUUUUCAGGCGUACAUAGCAAUGAGAUACGCCAGACGAUUCGCCGCUUAUCUAUCACUACCAUGGCCAGCGGAUGCGCCACCUCCUAAAAUCGAAUUGUAUGCCUGCCUGGUGCUAGCCGGCACCGGAGUCGUUCUACUUCCGGUGCUACUUGGUGCGGCGUUCUUGAAACUCGGCAAUCUCGCGAACGACGGAAUAAAACUAGGCCGACACUUGAGCGCCUGCUCGCGCGACCCGCCAUCUUCGCUUCUUACCAACAACCCCGAUAAUAGUCUGGUGAAUAAUUUAUGGAGACACGGUGGCCCUACGGCGGCCUUCGUGCAUCUCUGCACGGCCAUGUGCUUCCUCCUACCCUCUUUGCUCAUGGAAGCGAGGCUAAUACACGCUGGAUUUCUGCCAAAAGAUGCCAUAUGGAGGACCGAUCUGGAUUGGAUGGUGAUACAUCGCGAUCGUUUAGUGCUGUUAAGUUUCAUGAAUCCAAUUGGCAAUUUGAGCACUAUGACUGGUUCAGUAACGCCUCAACCUUUCGUAACCCUGGAGGAAGGUAUUAAUGAGAAUUUUGAUGAACUCACCACUCCGACACCUAGUUUAACAAACAUGGCGCUUCCUGACGCUGUCGAGGCUGGUAUCGAGACAACUACUAGGUUCUCGACCAUUCUCUAUCCAAUCGUCACAGAUCCACCUUUAUCCCACACUACUUCGGUCCCUAGUACGAUUUCCAGUAAGUCUACGACGAGCACCGAAACGAUUUCAACAACUCCGAAAACGCCAUUGCUCCCGAAAAAUAGCACGGCGAGACGUCCAACCGCAAGACCCAUCACCAGGAACGGUAGUUCGAAGGGCAGAUCGAAGUCCAAGAAUCUCACGAGGAUAUCCACCACGGCCAAACCUGUUAGAGCCAUCAGUGGAAACAUGACGGCUCAGAGUAUGGCGUUAACAAUGAAUAGUUUAGCUGAUCUUGAUCAUCCCGAAAACUUGAAUCUGGAACUUCAAACAGCCGAGUCAUACGGCCCGAUUACACUGGAAUAUCUAAAUUACGCCGCCGCACUCGGCGUCUACUCGGUAAGGUACCCUGCCGUCUUCUGGUCGUGUAACAAAGCAUUGGGUACGAUUUUUAGUCUGCAGCUGGUCGUAAAUUCAGCGCAGAGUCUGCUGGCUUACGCUGGAAUGUCCGUCCUUUACAAGGUCCAGGUAGUGGGUGCCUUGAAGGUCCUGCCGCAUCUUCGGCAUCGCAUCAUGCCGACAACCAGUACAAUAUCGACAAUAUUUGGCGAUUCUUACUUUCUGCUAGAUCCUCCCGUAACCCUCGUGCUGUUUGCCCUCUUGUCCUUUUUAGUGCUCUGCUCCAGCAUGGUCAUGUACUUCUAUGCUCACGGCAGGUUCACGGCGUUCUUGAAUCAGGAACGCGAACGUCGCGUGAUCCUGUCGAAGGACGGUCGAGGAGGCAACGGUUGGGUCUAUCUGCCGCAUUGCGCCUCGUUCGUCGUCUUCCUGGCAAUCGUGAUCUGCGGCGCACCGUUGCUCUACGAUUACACGGUGGUGUAUCGUGGUAGCCUGGAUGGCGCCAUCCUCGCCUGCAUCAUCGGCAUGAUCCUGCAUCUCCUCCUCUGGCUGCUACUCUGGAUAUUCCUCACCAUCAAGCAACGAUGGACAUUCAAGUUGCGCGUGACUAUCGGACGGGCCACGGUGCGGUCCGCGAGAUCGGUCAAACUCGUGACCGACGUCGACUUGCUCUCGACGAGGGACGACGAUGACGGCACCAGCGCGCCUUUACUUGUUGUCGGUAACGGCAGGACUUACACCAUCGCCGACACCUCGCCGAAGAGGGCCAUCAUGAGCGUAAUACAAAAAGCUGCCAUGGAGAGAAAAGCCCGAUCGCAAGGUGGAAACGUCGAUGGAGUCGACGGCGAAUCGACGGCUGACGGUGAUGAGCAGAUCUACUGGCUUAGGCCGAAAUUACGUCCCUCACCUACACAAUCCCCGAGCGACACCGGCGGUGCACCGACGUCCGACAAGGGUUGGCUGAACAAGAAGCUCAAGCAUAAGGUCACCUUUAACGACCUGCCUAGUACGUCAGGCUCGCGUAAUAAGGGAAAAGCCAGACGAGGCGUCGCUGACGGCGGGCCUGACGAUGACGGAGAUUACGCCACGUUACGCGAAUUACCGUUAAUUACUGCGCUGGACCCUGCCGAUGAUUCUACCUCGGAAGAAAACAAGUGGCAAAGAUGGCCGAUAAGUCGUAGGGACGGUAUACCUAAAUUCAGGAAUUUGCUCGAGUGCGUGAACGACGAUCAAGUGACUUACUACGCGAGUGCGAGUCGCGAUCUACAACCGUCGGAGGGUGAUCCUUCCCCUCUUCUAACUCCAGAUCCCUUACCAGAUCCUGCGGAAGAACCACUUCCACUGCCACCUCCGACUCCAACAUCCGCACCAACCACCGAUAUUGUCACGGCGCCACUAACUGCAAGUGCCCAGAUGAACGGCGGACAGACGCCGCGGUGCCUACGUCGCGCGGAUUCGGGAAUGCCGAACGAAGAGCUAACACCACGCUCGGACUCCUCGAACUCACCACCCUUGGACACAGUGGGCAGCAGCGGCGGUGCCGGUUCGGUGGCCGGUCACAGCAACACCAGCAGCAAUAGCGAGACGUCAAGUGGCGUGCACAGUAACGCAAGUAACGCCAGCAACGCCAGUCACAGCAGCUCCCAGCGUCGCGCGACCAGCGUGGACGAUCUGACCGGGGAGCCGCGAGAGGAGCCGCGCGAGCAGUGGCGUAGCUGCUCCCUGCAGCGUGGCACGCAGCCACCCACAGCGAACAUGACCUUUUCGCCGCCCAGCAGUCGUCCCGGCACCAGCCAGUCCUUCUCCUCGCCGCAAUACGUGAAUCACGCGCCGCCAUACAGCAAUGUCGCCAGCAACGAAAUCGGCGCUGGCUGCCCGGCGGUCAUCUUGGAGAACCCAAACGAGGCGACGGUCGUGAUCCGCCGUAAGCUCUCGAGAACGAAGCUCACGGAUCCAUUGAACCCGAAUGAGGAACCGUUCGGCCGGUCUACCAACAUGAGGAUGACCUCCUUCACCGAGAGCAACGACAUUCGCAUACAGGCCUCCUCGGCGACUCUGCCACACUAUCCUACGCAGCCUAUCGUCACCUAUCCUCACUGCUCCACGAUGCCGUUGCCGCAUGCGACUCACAACGUGGUCACGGCGAACAUGAGCGGCGGUUCCACCGGCAGCUGCGGAUCCGUGCCGAGACACACCUUCGUACCGCCGCAGGUUCACACCACCAUGCCGGCACACACGACGUUACCGUCGCAUCAUAACGGCGUUAGGCUGCUCCACGCUAACGCUGUUGGCCCUGGCAAUCCAUUCGUCAAGAGAUUCCCGCAGGUGCAAUUGCAUAGUCAACCUUGGGCCCUGCCGGGCCAUCACACCUUCCCGCAGAUGCCGCAAGGCAACAACAAGCUCACGGCCACCGCGCAGAUCAGACAGAACGAUCGGGACUCCGCGAACUUCUCCAUGGCCAGCAGCGGGGACUCCGACACGUGUUUGCCGCAUUAAAAUCCGCGAGGAUAUUGGCUGGUAGUUAUAAACUUGAAUCGCGUUAGGUGAUACCUGGUAUUUUCGUAAGAACGUUUUCGUGAUGACAAAUGACAUCGGAGGGGAUUGCUGUUUCCAGGCACGGCGUACCGAUGUCAUGAUCUCCCCAAAAUGCUUAUUCGGGUGAAUGAGAGUGAUAGAAACGUAAUAGACAAAGAGAGAAAGAGAGAAUCUUUUUGCGUGAACUCGAGACGAGCUGCGAACGUCUUGCUUUGAAAUCAAUAAAUCUUUAGGACUCACGCGAAAUUAUAGUACGCAUUUAGUACGCCGCGCUGCAUUAUUCAUUGUCAGUAUGAAUUAUUAGAGAGGAGGCUUUUACGUAUUUCAUAUCGUAUGCUCAAAAACGCCGAAAUUUUAAGGAAAUUAGUCAAAUUAAGGUUAAAACGACAUAUCAAUUUCUCUGCCGUUUGUUAACGUAUAAUAAAUGUGGCAUUCCUUAAAAUACGGGUUACCUCUAUUUUUUACAAUCUGAUGACGAUACUUUAUACUAUACAUCGGUCAGAUUUUACCCGAUUAUUUAUGUAAGUGUGCGUCUAUGAUAGUAACAUAGAGUUUAUUACAUAAAUCGCGUACAAACAAAAAAAAAAUCCAUUCAUUUGAAUGAGUAACACGCGUGAACGUAAAAAAAAGACAAAUUAACUAGAUGAUUAUAUUGUAUCCCACAGAUAGCUGACGGAGGUAAUUGAUAAUUGUAGUUUAAAAAGUAUUAAUUCCGUUAUAUACAUAUCCUAUAUGUUCUAAUUACAUAUGUCCGAUUUUAUCUUUGAUCUCACAGCAAUAAAGGGAAAUAUCUGAAACGGAUAGUGAUAUGAACAAUAAAACAAUAAACGACUCGAUUAAGAGGUCCUCAUUCUGGCUAAUGCGAAAUAGUUCUAAAUCACACAAUAAUAAAUAAUUAUCGCAAAAUAUAAGCAAUGCACAUAUAUCACAAUUUCAAGGAAAGUAAAGCAGUUUACAAUUAAAAAUGUAUGUGUAAGUAAUAAUCUCUGCUCUCUCGAGUUUACGCGAACAUCUCUCGGUAUGUAUCGAUGCGUGCUUAUAGUUAAAAUUUAUCUUUCUCAUUUUCUUAUAUCGCGGAUUAAACGUGUUCAAGGGAGAAUCGAAGGAAGAAGAUCGGCGUUUCGCCGCAUUUAACGCCGCAAGAGAAUGGCAGGCGAGAGUGAGAAUAACAUAGUUAUCCCAUUUUAGAUAUGGAGAAAAAGUUAUUGUGUUGUCCUAAAUAAAAUUCGUGUAUAGAGUGAAUUAAGGAUAAUCAGUUAGGAAGAGAAGAAUGUGGAAAAACUCGGGUCGCCCCCUUCGUACAGUAUAUGCUUUUGCAUUAACAAUUAAGAUCUUUUUUCCACUGAUAAUUGUAAAUUUUGUUAAAUUUGUACAUUGCUAAUUGUUUGUUUAUAUUUCGACUCCACGAUGAGUCACUCACAUGCGAUAAAAUAAAUAAAAAAAAAAAGAGCCCUCCCGCAUCGGAGUGCACAUUUAAACUACGCGCAAUACGUUUCUUAUUUCGUUUGCUUUUGGUCUUUCUUUGUUUUCUUUUCAUAUUGUUUUCUUUAUCAAAUUUGUCGUCCAGGAUAAAUGUUUAUUUGUCGAAACUUCUAUGAAUUGUAUGUUUAAAUAAUUAGUAAUUAUAUGAAUAUACAGGCGGUUUUAUAUGAGUCACUGUAAAAUAAGCGCAGAUUGUAGUCAUACGAUUUUCGGCCUUGAUGAGAUUUCCGGUAUGCUACCGAAUAUACCGUUAUGUUAAAUCUUUUUAUGGCCUGAUAACGAUAUAUCAUGAUCUGCCACUUUGAUCGUAAUGGUGUCGUAAGGUUUGCGAUAUAGCAGUGCCAUCGAAAUUAUUAUAAGCACAUACAAUCAGAAGAGGAACGAGAAAGAAAUUGUCGUUACUUAUAGAAUUAAAAUUCAUGAAUAAAUACUGAAGAUAAAGCUAAAGAUUUAUAUAGACUGCGAAGAUAAUACGUACUAUUUAUUUAUUUGAGAAUGUGGCUUAUCACCUUUUUGUAGUGUAAUAUUCUAUCAUUUGUUAGGAGAAUUGCACAAAAUACACGCAAAAUGUGCAUACAUACGCGAAAGAAAUCUUAUAUAUUUCAUUUUAUAUCGCUUCUCUCUGGGAGAGAAGAAUAAAAUAAAUUUUUCGCCUGCUUUUCAUUUGCAUUAUUUACAAUACAACGAGUGUGCUUAUGUUUAAUACUCGCAAAAAUAAAUCGUGUUGGCGUAAGAAAAGACAGACAAGCGCUAUUUAUGACAAGUGGAUUAAGAAUACUGCCACUCAAUCGUGAAAAAAAGAUCUACAGAUCUCCAUUACAUUUACUUAUUUCGUCGACUGCCAUGGUAUUUCGUCCUUUCGUUAAUAUAAGUAAUCACUGUAAUCGUUUAUUCGUACCUAGGCAUUUACUUGUGCUUACGGUACGUGCGUACAUAUAUACAUAUAUAAAUAUAUAUAUAAAGCAUAAGUUCUCGCUAAGUUGCGUUCUUUCGCGACUAUAUAUCGCUCUAUGAGACGCUCUAUGUGAUGGUACAGACUGGUCUCGCAAAGAUGCAUCACAAUCUCAAGUCUUUUUCGCAAUCUAAUGCAGUACAUAUUGCAUAAUAUGACAUUCGUUUCAUUUCCCCUUCGCUUUUCGAUAAAUCUUUCGAAAAUCAAUAACAUUUUACAAAUCAGUUCAUCCGCUCGAUGAUAUGCCAAUAUUAUAGAAACAUGUCACCAUGAUAAUGCAUAUCGCUGAUUUGUAAUUAUUCAUAAUAAUGUAAUUCGUAUUCUAAUAGAAACGAUUUACAUAUGUGAGCCAGCGUAUUGAUUUUUCGUUAGAUUAUGAUAGGCUAAGGAGGAAUAUUUGAAACUCUAAUGUACGUUACAAAAGAGAUCAGACAAAUAAAGUUAUGUCGCUUCAAUUAAGAUCAAUAAACAAAAUUUAGUAAAUAAUUUAUAAAAAUGAAAAUUGUUAGUAGAUGCGUUUACUAAUUUAUAAUUCAUGUCAAUUGAUACAAUCGUUCUAAAUUUAUUAUUAUUAUGAUGUAUCAUUGCUUACCCACUAUUAUUAUCGUCAAAUGUUUUAUAAUGUUUUGUUAACUUUGUAUAAAGUUGCACGUAUCAUUUUUCGAGGCAAAUGAAAUAUUGCACUAAUCGUGUACGCAUGUGGUGAGCGUAAAAACAUUUUUUGUAACCACCGAUAUGAGAUUAAUGAACGCAAUGCUAAGUAGUACUACAAUUGUAUACCAGAGUGUGACAUGUGACUGCGGCUGAAAAGGUUUUUACGCAUUCCGUAAAGAUAAUAACUACAACAAUAAAAAGAAAGUGUGAGCGUUCUUGUACGGCAUUGUCCAAAACUCAUACUUUUCAUGAGACAAUGCGAUAUGAAAUCAGAUAUAUCUGUAUUUUUCAAUAUCUUCCAGUAUUAGAAAUAGCGGUAUUCUCAGCCUUGUUCAUAGAAUAUUUCUUUUACGAGUUGUUAUACAUGCAAAGGCAAUUAAUAGCUCACGAAAUAUCGUGGGAGAUUUAUUCUGAAAAAAUUCUGCGCUUUCCAUUUACUUAAGGUAUUACACGAGGAAAUAUGUGAUGAGAGUAAUCCAAGUGCAAAUCCAAUAGGUUGUAAUGAUUGAUCUUGGUACUAUAUCAAGGAGACAUUUCAUCCUGUCACAAUACAAUUAGCGGCAUUUGAAUAUUCACGUAGGCUUGCAGCUAUUCACGAGAUAUCGAUUCGUAGUGCAGAUUUAAACUUUGGGUUCCAAUUUUUUAUGAACCGUGAAUAACCGUAUUGUCCUGUGAGCUGCGGAAAGCAUUUACCAAAGCACAAAAGAUCGACCAAUUGAUCGCGAAUGGCAAGUCCGUCACUUUUAUACGACUUAUCGAACGCUUUGUCAUUGCCGAUCGUACAUAUCAUCUCGCAAGGACCAUGCAUUUCGCGAAGACACUUUAUGAGGAUACUCAAGCAAUAGCACGAAGCAUCGAUCAAGGGCUGGACCAGACUUCUUAAUGAUCAAUGAGCUCUAAUAAUACCCAAUGUAGUGCGAACAUAUUUUUUAAUGACUAUUUUCAAUACACUAGUAGAUGAAGAUAGGACGAGAGAAUUUUCGUAGAGAGAAAGAGAAAGAAUUUGAAAUUUAAAUUUGGAAAGAUUUAUUCUGUCUCUCUUCUUCGUAUAGUCCUACGAUAAAGCUACCCUUGAUUCUGUUUCAAAGUAGAUAUUCAACGCUAGAAUUUCACGUAUUUUUCUCAAUGCAAAUGCUUCGGCAUGACACUUUCUUCCACACAUUUGCGCGCGCGCGUGCGUCAAGAAAUCUUCGUUGCAACAUCUUAUUUUCAAUUCAUCCAAGCUAUAAAUUUUCAAUUUGAGAAUAUGCGGCUCUUUAAUACUUCAAUACAUUAUUAUACCUAGUGAUUAAUUUCUAUACGAUUUUUUUGUUGUUUGCUAAAAACUUAUUUGCUGCAUCUAUUCUCUCUCUUUUUUUUUUUUUUUUUUUUUUUUUGUAUAAAUUGGGCAAAGUAAUUAAUUUCGUAUAAACCAAAUUUCUUCAACACAAUAUCUAAAAUGCGGCUUGUUAUUGAAAUAACAAAAUAAAUUAAAAAUAAUAUACAGCCUGAAAAUUUGCAAAAAUAUGGAUGUUAUCUAUGUACUACCAAUUACAUUCUUAAUUAAUGUACAAUACUUGGAUGAUUCUUUUAAAUUGUCUACAUUGAGAAAAAAGUCAUGUGUUAAAUUGAGUUCCUUAUUCAUUAUAUGUUUUCGAAAAGGACAAUGAGGUAAACUCCCUUGCGAACAACAUUCAUAAUUUAGAUGUUCAGCGGAGAUUUUUGAUGACGUUAGCUCGUGUAUAUACAAUCGAUACAUUAUUGAUCGCGCCGUUGCAACCGCCACUGAGACAAUUUUUUAAAAAUGCACACAACAACGGUAGUAGCACAAAGAAAAAAAACCUAUCUUUUGAUAACUGCACUAUGUACGGCGGAUAUUGCUGCGGCGUAAUCGCGACGACCAUCAUAGAAAAUAGUUAAAUCGUUAGCAAUGGGGCACGCAUCUCGAAAGCAUUCAAGACAUAGUGUUUUCGCGAAUCUGCGUCAUAGAUUCUAUUUUAGAGACAAUAGAAUCUAUUUCAUAAAAUUAAAUGUAAAUUUUAAAAUUAAGUGCAUUUAUCGUCGUUUAUUUGGAAUUAAAUAGAAAAUUCAUAUUUUCUAUGCAUAUAGAGAAAAAGAAGAAGAAAAAGAGAGAUUCGACGAAAAAAGUAAUACAAAGUUACGCUUACACUAUUUUUUCCUUUUUUUCGAAAAUAAAUAAAAAUUCAUGUCUUAUUACAUAAAUUUUUUGCACGUAUUUGCGUAUUUGUACGCUUGUGUCUGUAAAUAUUGUUCAGGGAUGCCUGUCCUAUUUACAACGAUGAUUUUGCUUCGUUAUACUUGCGAUUAAAAUAGUCGACAUCGAUGUUCGCGAGAAACAAACGUGGCGACGAGACAAAAAAAGUUGCAGAAAUAUUUUUUUACCGUCUAGUGUCAGCGACCGUAAAUUCGUUUUAGAUCUGGCUAGAACCUAGACGUAGGUAUGACAGUGUAAUGCAGUCGAGGAAGGCUCCGCACCGGAGGCGCUUCGGAAGCAAGGAGCAAGAUCUUUAUUGUCAUGUGACACAGCCCUGAAUCACUCGUAUCUCAACCCCUUAGCGAAAGUGAUAUUAAUUAUGAUAUUAUGAUAGUAUAAAUUUUUAAAUUAACAAAGUCAGAACGUUAUAUUCUCAUCCUCAUUCAUUAUGUAUUCAUUCUUAUAAGAGAUAAAUAAUAUUUAAAUUUUUAAUUAUAGUGAGACAAAAUGGAUGGUAAAAAAGUCUCAUAUUUUUCGAAGAUUUAAGAGAUAAUACAAUAUGCUCUUGAUGACGACUCAAAUAGUUCUGUCUGAUUCAUUGCUCGGUCAAAAACAAAAGUUAUCGAUGAUGGAGGAAAACAUCACAUAUCACAUUGUAUUCGCUUACAUAAAGCUAUUACAUAAUGUUUUCUCAAUUUAUUUUGGUUUAUAUUCAUUUAAAAGAGAAUUAGAGAUGAAACACAUAGGCAUACAAAAUCAAAUAUAAUAAGAUCAGAAUAAGAAAGAAUCAAGUGGAUCAAAUUUGGCCUUCGGAAUGGCAAGUACAAAUACUGUUUCCUUUUUUUUUUGUAGUUUUUAAUUGCUGAAUCUGAUCCUGACCUUCAAAAAUUAUAGUAAAUCUUAUAAAACUGUAGUAAUGUUAAGUGAAAAUCGAUUAAUAUAUAUGUGAACAACACAAAUUAAUAAAAAAAAAGCCUUAAAAUUAUUGACAAAGCGGUGUUUAAAAAUAUUUUUUGCACAAAUCUUGCAAAAUCUUUUCUGAAAAAAUACUAUAAUCGGGGAUUGGUACAAUGACUGAUACAACUUAGUUAAAAUAAAAAAUAAAAUAGAUUUCAGAAACUUAUUUAAAGAAAAAGUAAGCAUUAUCUAUUUUGUAUAAAAAUUUCAAAUGCAAAAUAGAUUUUGUUUAUUUGAAUGUACACUAAGUAUGUUCACGUAUUUAGCUGUAUUAUGCUCUGGGAGAAAGACAUAAUGAAUAAAUGUUGUUGCAGUCAAGUUUUCGAAUAAUUCUCAUCGAUAAUAUUUCCGUCGUUUUUAGACAACUUUUUAUUUUCUUUAUCAAGCAGAACAUUAAAUAUUAAAGAUAAAAACAUUAUCAUGUUUUACCAGUAGGAAAAUAUGAAUUAAUACGUUUGUAAAGCUCAAUAAUAAUAGUUUAUAGAUAUUUUAUAGCUUCAUAUUCUCAUUUUAUUACUCUUCCGACAAAUUAAAAUUUUUAGAAGAUCAGGAUUAGAUUCAGCAGCUCAGAAACUACAAAAAGACACUGUUUUUACUUGCCACUUUGAAGGCUAAAAUCGAUCUAUUUUAUUGAUUGUCUUUCAACAAAAAACUUAGAAUCUAUAAACAUUUUAAUAUUUUACGUAAAGUCAUCUGUACAUACGGGGUUGAGGUAACGAAGUAGGUCACACCAAGGGCCGAGAGAGAAAAAGAGAAUUGGCUGAUCGAAAUCCUUUUUUUUUUCUUAUUAUUUAAUCAUUAAUCGUGCAAAAUCCUUGGUUCCACCUCAGCAAGAACAUUGAAUAAAGAGCCGGUCAGAGCCCUCCAAAGAGUCGCGUCCCAGGAACGUGUGUAUAACCGCGAGAGAGUGCUUAAUCGAUGUGUCAUUAUAUCGACGGCUCCUCCGAAACACUUGUAAAUAAUUAAAAGUUGCAUUGAGUGAAGAGAACUGCGGGAGAAUGUGAGCGUAUGCGUGCGUGCGUGCAUGAGAGAGCGCGAGCGAAACGGAUACAUAUACAGCGAAUGUGUGUACGAAUAACUGUAUAAAGACUGAUUAGAUUAGCCUUGGUAUUUAUUCGAAUUUAACGAUUAAACGCUACCGCUUUACGCGCGCCCUAAAAAAAAAGAUUCACGGAGCACGAUGCCAAAGGUAUUCCCCGACAAACUUCGUUUUUCCGUCAGAGUACUUUGACGGCGUCUCGUUGAUUGCGAUCGAUAGGAAUCUCCUUUUCAUUGUUACUUCACGACAAUUUUUUUCUAAGCUGGCCUAAAGUUUAUUUUUCUUUUUAUUUAUUUUUUCCCUCGUCUGCAAGAUAUUUGCUUCUUUACAUAGCGACUUCGUUCAGUUGCGCGUGUAUCUUCGGAAUGUGGCCUCAGCGGAUCGGGAAAAGUAAAAGAGUGAAGGCUGAAGGGUGGUACACGGAGAUUCGAUGCGUAACCCAUUUUGAACGAAUCUGCAUUAUUUCUUGCGCACGCUUUAAUUCCGACACUUCAGUGAUCCGACACAUUCUGAUACAUCGUGCUCGAAUUCGUGUAUGAACGCAACAAAGGCAGAGGGAAGAAUGACACGCGCGAUUAUUAACAGCGACAUUAUUAUCGUCACAACGUAUCAAUAUUAUUCAAUGCAUCGUAUAAACCAGUAAACUAAAUGUAAACUUUGUAUAUUCAUUUACUAAGAGAAUAAAAGUAAAUUAUUCGAUGAA